AUGGCAACGGCAUUUGGAGCUCACUCAACAGCUGCAACAACAACAGCAACGCUGCCCAUGGUUUCAAGAAGUGUAGCGCCGUCGUCGUUGUCGUCGGUGGCUGUUGAGAGUACGCCCUGUGGCUUAUCGCUAACACAAAACAACAACAACCAACAACAACCUCCUGCCCCCACGUUGUCCUCGUCCAAUAAUUCGUCGUCCUCGACGUCAAAUUCUUCCAGCUCCCACCACAUUAAUCAACGUUUGUUGCUCAAUCAGCAGCAGCAGCAGGAUGAACAUGAGCAGCAAAUGCAUUUAGCGGAUGACCAUCACCAGCAGCAGCAGCAACAACACCAGCAACUUGAUGAGAGUUCCUCGCAUCACUUACAGCAAUCCGCCGAAUUGUUGUCCUCCCAUCUGCAACAGCAUCAUCAGCUGGGCUCAUCAGGUACGUUGGAAGGUGGUGAGAGUGGCCGGGGAUCCUUGGUGGCCAUGCACAAUGCCGCCUAUGGCCAGGGCCGCUUGAGUCCCAUUGCCUCGGUGGGCUCAUCAGGAGGAGGCAGCCGCUCAUCGGCCCAUUCUUUGCCCUCGCAUUCACCGGCGGCCCUGCAUCACCACAACUUGACUGGCUAUCAAGUGCAAGCGUCCGGCGAUAACAGCUGCGGUAGCGGUGCUACAGUCGUGACCUCAGCAGCCAUAAUGGGUCGGCUAACGGCCGGCGGCGUCGGUGGCAGUGUGGUUGUGGACAACAAUGGUUUCAGUAUGUCAGAUGCCAGUGCUGGUGGAUCCCUGUCUUUGCUGCAGAAUGCCCACCAAGCGAGCAGUCAUGCCCAUCAUCCACAUCAUCAUUUGGCCCACUUGCCGUAUGCAUCGCUAGCAACGGCCGCUCAUCAUCAUCCGCAUCACCACCAUCCUUCGCAUCAUCAUCACCAUCCACAUCACCAUCAUCAUCCGCACGAUGCAACAGGACUGUUGGAUAUAUCCACAUUGUAA